CUAGCCCGGGGAUUAAGGGUUCUUCCUCUUUUCUUGACACACAUUUUGUUUUGGGCUUUGCUGGGUUUCUGUUUUCGUUCUAUUUUCAUCCUUGAGUAGUUCGUUUGGCUGGUCCAGGCGACUAUCUGUUUUCAGCUUCCUGUUUGGCACGUCAUCGAGUAAUAAUAGUAUCAUUUACACGCCUGCCUCAUUGGAAACACUCUGUUGAUCAAAGUGGUUUUUCCUUGAUAAUCUUGUGCUGCUGCUCCUUUGCGCCUAUUCUCUACUUGUUUCUUCCACCCAGAGAACAAGAUAUCUUUUUGCAUUCAAUCAUCUUUCCAACCCAUCAGUGUCAGUCAAAAUGAUCGCUCGCAACGCAAGACCGAAGCUUUCACUGUGCACCUCCGCUGCGCAAAAUACUUCUCGUCAGCCUCUGUCCCUCAAGUCUCCCAGCGCCAUACCGCGCACUCCGAUUUCCCCUGCGAGCCCGAGUGCAAAGCGGUUCUCGUCAUUCCAAGUACCAAGCUACGCCUACACCAACUCGUGUUCGUCCAAGAGUAUCCUUAAGAAACAUUCUAGCGCCUCGAGUCACGCAGAAAAGCGGAUUCAGUUCAAGGGCACUCCCACUGUCCACUGUGUCACACCCAUCGAGAAUCCCGAGGAGUACUAUGGCACUUACACCAAGUUGUCGCGCGAGGAGCGACGUUGGACUGUUCGUGAAUGAAGACGAGGCUGAUG